AUGGCGCAUCACCCCCCACAUCCUCAAUUCCUCGAUGUCGACUGGCCUUCGAACCAUGAUAUGAGGCAACAGCCGCCAUUACAGCUCGAGAAUGAGUACGACAUCGACCCGUCUCGCUACGACAUCCUCCAGGGUGAAGUCCAGCUACCUCAGUCGCACCUGAAUCGCCUCCGCCAGCAGCAGCUACAGCAGCAGCAGCUACAGCAGCGGCAACAACAGCAACAGCAGCAGCACUCGUUUCCUAUGAACGGCUUUGGGCAGGGGCAACCCGAGCAGUUCGCGGGCGGAAACGACUCCAUGUUCACCUUCGCAAACAACCAAGCCCAGCAGCAGCAUUUUAGUCCCCCAUACGGCGGGGGACAGUUCUUUCUCGAGAGCGAACAAGGAUCGUACAACAUGGGCUAUGGCGACCAUUCCGGCUCGAUGCCCAGUUCUCCUUUCUUCGGCGACAACCACUCCCCAUUCACAUUCGCGCAAGCCCAGCAGCUCCCGCUCGGGCAGCAGCAACAACACCCUGGAAGUACACCGACGAUGCGAAAUUUCCAGGGCGAUGUGCAGCGGACGCCAAUGUACAACGUUCAAUCACCCCCCGACUUCGGAUCCUCACCGACGCACGGAAUGGCCGGGCAAGGCAUGCCUUAUCAUGAUCAAGGGAUGGGCGUGCCGCACGCAGCGAAGCGCAUGCGCGCGCUAGACGACAACGAGGGGUACGCGUCCUCGGAGAAUGGUGAUGGGGAGGGCGCCGAAGAGGAUGGACCGGCGCAGCAGAAGGAGGGUGGCGCGAAGCCUAGCAAACCUGCCGGCGCAUGCGCACGCUGCAAAGGACUGAAGGUGAAGUGCGAGUUCAAGACGGAUCCCGAUAUUUGCAAACGUUGCCUGAACGGUGGACACGAUUGUGUCAUUCCGGGCCGCAAGAAACGCCGAGCACCUCCCCGUCGCGACUUGCUCCUGGGCCAGAUCCGCGAGCAGGCGACCAAGAUUGAGGAGCUAAUGAAGCAGCUCGAAGACGCGAACAAGCGCGCCGGGUCCAAAGGCGAGCACGCGCCGACCGCGUCACCCCCAUCAUCAACACACCGCUCGCAGAGCAGUCGCGAUCUCACCGCGUCCGACUUCGGCGGGUCUCCAGAGCCCCCGGGCCUGCAGGUCGCGAAACCCGAUGUACUCGACUGGAUCGCGAAGGCACGCGAGUCAAUCGAGGCGUUUGGAGGGUACAUCAACAUGGGUGGUCCUAGUGUAACAAAAGACAUGAUCGGCGAAGAUGUGCUUGGGUGGCACGACAGCAGCAGCGACGACGAGGCCGUCGACUUCUUUGACGAUUACGACGAGUCCAAGAGCGACGUGCAGGUGGCUGUUCAGGACGUUGACGCUAGGUCCGGUGAACCGCAGCGCGGGCGGAAGCGCCCGGGGGACCCGACGAGCGACACGCACUCAUCCAGCAACAACACACAUCUGUCGCGACGGAGGAACAGGGAGAGGCUCGCGAUGCUGCCCCACGACGCGGCACCCAUCGGGAUGCUUGCGACCCUCAGCUUGCGCAAGUCGAGGAGCCGCAAAUCAAGUCGGAGCCGGAGUGUCAGCACUGUGGACGAAGAAGAGUACGGGGUUGCAAACGAGGAUUACUUCCGUGCUUCCAGUCCUGGUCCCGAUCGGCCAAUCAUGUAUGCUCAACACCAGACUCCGUACAUUCUGCGCAGCGGUCUGGUAAGUCCAACAGAGGUAGAGAAGCUGUUCAAAAUAUAUUUCGAUUACGUCAAUCCUAGCUGUUCAAUCCUGGACCCAGUACUGUAUACCGCCCAGAAGACAUAUUGGAGGAGUCCAUUUUUAUUCACCGUUAUUCUUGGUAUAUGUUCCAGAUUCUAUACCGAACGUCCAGAUCUCUAUCAACAAGCUAUGAACUGUGCACGUCUCGCCGCUGGCUCUACGUUGAUUGGUGGUCAGAAGAGUGUUGAAACUGUAGUGGCAUACAUUCUACUCAGCCUAUAUCCCGUACCUGCGAGGAAAUGGGAAGAGGAUCGUUGUUGGGUGUACCUUGGUCUCGCAGUUAGGAUUGCUCAAGAUCUAAACUUGCACUAUCUCAGUACCGCUGAGCCGCAAAACGAGAUGCAUGCCAGAGAGAUACUUAACAGAACCCGUAUCUGGAUGAACUGCUUCAACGUCGACAAAUCAAUAUCUUCACAAUAUGGGAAGAACUUCAUGGUCUUGAAUACAGACUACCUCGCCACACACUCCGAGUUCUUCUACAAGAGCUCUCCCUACAACAUCCCCGGCUUCGACGUGCACCUGUGUGGUUACAACGCUGAGCUCAAAGUUUUAGCCGACUUCCGGCUAACAAUCUUCAGCGACCCUGACCAUCCCGCGGGCUUGAAUAAGAACAUCGACGUCGCCGCCGAAACCAUCAAGACCGACAACAAGCUUGAAGCUUUGUGGUACACUUGGAGCGACCGUAUACGCGAAGAAGGUUGCCAAGAGUUGUAUGCGAAGUUCCGCACAUCCUUGCUCAAGCUGGCGAUCUACUAUGCCCGGAUGGCGGUAUUGUCCUUCUCGUUCGCCCAUCUGUACGGUCGCGAGGGGAGUCAGAAGCCUGACGAGCCUUUCUUCUGGCGGUGCUUCAACGCAUGCAAAGACCUCCUCAACACGUUGCUGCAUGAACUUGGAGUACCCGAAUUGAGGCCAUUUCUGAGGCACGGACCCGAUGCAGAGUGUGUAUUUGUGACCUUUGCCUGCGCCUUCCUCAUCAAGCUGUUGCACCCUCGUUACAUCGACCUUAUCCCACAUGAGACCCGGGUGGAAAUGCGAGAGAUGGUCACCGAAGUCGCACACUUCCUCGGCUCCCCCGAAAUCGCUGUCGACGACCGCCAUGGCCCGAAGCUAUAUUCUCGCUUCCUCGAGGGCCUGCUCGAGAUGCCAUCCGCGCAGAUCUGCGGUAGCGGCACCAACGAUGGCGGCGAACAGUUGCCGUCCUCCAAUCAGUUGCUCAGCCCGCCUGUCGACGGGAACUUCGAGACCGGGUCCGAUUACGGGGUCGAUGGCGUGCCGCCAGUCGAGGUUCAGCCGCCGUCUCCGCAACCGGGAUCGCAGAUGAACGUCGCCCUCCCUCCAGAAAGCCAAGCUUUCGACGACAUGCAGUUCGGGGAGCCAGCGGUGAACCCUGCGCUGUUCUCCCCGCCGCUGCCAUUCGACACGGAGCUCGUGCAGUCUAUGCAGUCCAUCACCUCGCAGCCGUGGUCCCUUGUCAUGCCAGGAUUUAGCUGGAUGGACAUCAUGCAGGACCCGGACGUCAGCAUGCGCUUCGCCGGCUCUGGCUCCUCGGGGCAGAACCUAUCGCCUAACAGUUGA